AUGUGUACUGAUGAUCUGGUGUGCCCCACAAACGGUUGCCUGCCACCACAGCCACCCGCCCUGGGAAGGCUGCCCUCUCAGACGAGCGCCGGGUCGCAGGCCUUCAAGCCCUCGUCAUGCACCGAACGCAUGGAGCGGUUGGGCCUCAACCCCGUCCGACCCAUCAGGGCCCCCGGGCAAGCGUCCAAGAAGAAGUUCUGCACGGUGUACGACAAGCAAAGGAAGCUGCUCGCAUCCCUGCGUGAGGCGGCGGCGGCCACGGUCCGCGGGUCCAAAGCAGGCAAGGAGCAGCUAUGUAAAGAGCGCGGACCAGAGUGCAAAAACCUAGGCAGGCGCCUGCGCGCCGCCAUCCUCGCCGGCGAGCCGGUCAGCGGCUGGUGGAAGCCGGCAAGAAGGGCGGCAGCGCUGAGAGACCGGCAGCAGCAGGCGCACAUGGCGAGAGAGCGCGCCAAGGGCGAUCUGCAGCAGCAGGUGGCCGAUGAUGGCGCGUGCGACGUGGAGGCAGUGGGCGCCUGGGACGGAGCAUCGGGCAAGGUCGCCAUCAGAUGCAAGCAGGCGGCGGAGGCAGAUGCUUUCAGGGACAAGGGCGGUGGUCUGGGCAGGGAUGGCAGCAAGCAGGGCAGCAGCGGCCAGCACCAGGGCAGCAGCAACGCGGACGAUGUGGACGCCUUCUUGGACGGCCUGCUGAUUGAGGCUCGGGCGGGUGCGCCGGCCAACGCGGGAAUCCACCGCAGGGCUGACAGCCCCGAGCUCAUCACAACCAGUGCAGGCAGCGUUGACGGGCGCGGUGCGCAUCGUGCGAGCGGGGGCGUACCUGCAGAGGAGGAGGCGGCCGCCGCAAGCCGCCCCGCCACAGCGAGGACGAACAGUGGCGGAGGCGGCGCCUGUGCGGGGCACGGGCGGAGGGUGCGACCAGCAUGGGCGAUGACAGAAGCUGAUGCACAGGUGGCAGCAGAGUUGCAAGAACAGCAGCAGCAGGAAGAGCUGCUGUCGUUCGCAGAGGGGCUGGACUGGGAGGAAUUUGUGGGGCGGCUGGACGACGCCCAAGUGGCGCAGGCGUUUGAGGAGCUGCGGGCAGCGGAUCAGCAGGACGGCAAGCCUGGACCCUCGGCAGCCAGCGAUGCGGAGUGGCGCCGCAGCUUCGUGCGGGCGCUGAACCAUGCGGCCAAGCAGCACAAGGGCGCUGAUGUGUCGCAAGUCGCCGCUGCUGCAUCUGGUUCAGGGCAGGACGGAGCGCCUUCAAGGUGA